AUGAUCACCGUCUCCCUCUCUGCAAAGGGCAAGAAGGUAGGGAAACUACCAGCAUCCCUCAGCUCCUACAAAGGCGUUCCUGCCUCGGAGCUUGUCCAAAUCAUUGCCAAAAAGACGGGCCUCAACCCUAACCGUCUACGCCUCAAGCAAGACGACAAGACACUCGACAACAAGCAGAUCAUCUCGGAUGAUGUGCAUCUCGUCGUCAAAGACCUCGGCCCACAGAUCUCGUGGCGAACAGUCUUUGUGUGUGAGUAUGCAGGACCCCUGCUCAUCCACCCACUCAUCUUCUUUGGGUUGUAUGACAAGCACUCGUCUGCUCAGUACAUCACCCUCGCCAUGGUCAUGCUGCAUUUCUUGAAGCGAGAGUAUGAGACAAUGUUUGUUCACCGUUUCUCCGCAGAAACCAUGCCCUUCUUCAACCUAUUCAAGAACUGUGCACACUACUGGAUUAUUGGUGGUGCACUCCUCGCUUGGUUCACCUAUGGCCCAGCUUAUGCUGUUGAGACGUGGCAAUUCCCAAAAAUUGCAGUCUUCACUUUUGUCAUGGGAGAAAUGUGUAACCUCAAAACUCACAAGAUUCUACGUGACUUGCGUCGACCUGGCUCAACGGAACGUCGUAUCCCCUAUGGCCUCGGCUUUGACUGGGUGUCGUGUCCCAACUACUUUUUCGAGAUUUUAUGUUGGGUUGGAAUUUCUGCAACAACAGGAUCACAUGCCGCUUGGGCCUUUACGAUUGUCUCUGCUGCACAAAUGUGGCAGUGGAGUUUGAAGAAGCACCAGCGAUACCUCAAGGAAUUCCCAAAGGAUUAUCCAAAGGACAGAAAGAUUUUGAUUCCAUUUGUGUUGUAG